AUGUCUACCAGUAACAAACGUGUGGCUGUCAUUGGGGCGGGUAUUUCGGGUGUUGUGACUGCAGCACAUCUCAAGAAAGAAGGUCUAGACGUGACCGUCUUCGAGCGCUCGAGCGCUGCAGGCGGCAUUUGGUUCUAUGACGAGCGAAAACCACUCGAGCCUGCAUAUCCAUCAGUGCUAGCAUCAAAAGCUUGGAGUACGUACGCGAAAGAGGAGGUCAAUGACUUGGAGCUUAAACGACUAUUGCACGCACCGCCAGGACCAUGUUAUAUCGGGCUAAAGAACAACGUAGCCACACGUCUGCUUGAGAAUACACUGAACAAGUUUCCUCCUGGCACAGAGGACUUUGUGUCACAUAGCGUGCUGAAAGACUACAUCCAAGACACAGCUAAAAAGACUGCUGUUGAUGCCGUCACACAGUACAACACCGAGGUUCAGAACGUAUCUAAGAAUGGUGAGAAGUGGGCUGUCCGAACUGCAACGUUACAAACACGUGACGACGGAAGUCUGUCUCUGAAUGCAACCACAUCUGAAUUCGAUGCCGUAGUCGUAGCAUCAGGCCACUACCACGCCGCUAGAGUACCAGAUAUCCCUGGCCUAGCAGACUGGAAGCGCGCAUAUCCCAGCCGAGUGCAGCACUCCAAAGGCUACCGCAAGCCCGAAGACUUUCAAGGCAAAAACUUCCUACUAAUCGGUGGCUCCGUAUCCUCCACCGACAUCGCCCGCGAACUCGGCCCCAUCGCACACACAAUCUACCAAUCCCACCGCAACGGCACAUUCGAUCUGUCUGCCUCCCUGCUGCCCGAGAACGGCAUCCGGGUGGAUGAAGUUGUUUCUUUCGAACUCCCAACUGACACCACCACCUCCACCCUCCACCCUUCUGACCCAAUCCCCUUGACCGCUACGUUGAAAUCCGGACAAAAGCUGUGCGAUAUACAUCAUGUGAUAUUAUGCACCGGAUAUCACAUCAUGCUCCCCUUCCUCCCGCACCUGCACUCCGACACCACGCCCGUGCACCGUGCAGACGAAAGAAUACUAGUCACAGACGGCACGAUGUUCCACAACCUGCACAAAGACAUCUUCUACAUCCCGGAUCCCAGUCUCGCAUUCGUUGGCGUGCCCUUCUUCACCGCAACAUUCACUUUAUUCGACUUCCAGGCGAUGGUUGUUGCAAAGGUGUUUGCUGGGCUUGCGACGCUGCCGAGAGAAGAAAACAUGAGGCGUGAAUACGAUCAAAGAGUCGAAACGAAAGGAUAUGGCAAGGUAUUUCAUAGUCUCAGGGGUAAGGAGGAGGAGUAUGUUGAUGACUUGCUGGAGUGGGUGAAUGCGGAUUUGGAGAGGAAGGGGAAGAGGAGGUUGGAGGGGCAUUCGGAGAGUUGGAGGGAGGCGAGGGAGGAGCAUCUGCAGAGGAUUAAGGCGCUGUUUUCAGCUCCGACGGGGGAAGAGAAGAGGAUUGGGGUCACUUACUUAAAUCUUCCUUGA